AUGAAAAUAGUGGAUAAAUCCAACUCGAUAAAGUUGAGAGUGUCCGACGGACAGAAGGGAGAGAUGUCGCUGCUAGCGCCGAGGAGGGUGCAGCUCGAUUGGCCGCACAGCAUACCAUGGGAGCAGGAGCCGGCCUGCGAGAGAGAGCCCUCUUUCAAGCAGUUGGCACCGCACGCACCCAACAGAUCAGAGUCUUCAUCUUCGUCGGCGGACACCGCGUCGCAAGGCUCGGGCUCCGCCGCGCAGCCACCGCAGAACCGCGCCCGCCGCCAUGAACCACAGAGGGAAGAGAGGCGCGUGGAAGCCGCCAGCGCUCCGAGAGUACAACCCAACCCUUUAUUGAGGUCGCGCACGCUCCCGAACUUCGGCGGCGCGCGGUCGCGCGAGGCGUCCCGCUGCGACACGUCGCGGCGCGCGCACCACAUCACCAUGGCCUCCGAGGACCUGCUGCAGCCCGGACACGUCGUCAAGGAGCGCUGGAAGGUUGUUAAGAAGAUAGGAGGUGGUGGGUUUGGGGAGAUCUACGAAGGCUUAGACCUAGUCACACAGGAACAGGUGGCGCUAAAAGUUGAGUCAGCCAGACAACCAAAGCAAGUGCUGAAAAUGGAAGUAGCCGUGUUAAAAAAGCUUCAAGGCAAGGAGCACGUGUGCCGGUUCAUCGGGUGUGGACGCAAUGCUCGCUUCAACUACGUGGUGAUGCAGCUGCAGGGACGGAAUCUAGCGGAACUACGUCGCGCACAGCCUCGCGGCGCCUUCUCACUCUCCACCACGCUGCGGUUGGGUCUGCAAAUAUUAAAGGCAAUAGAUUCAAUACAUUCGGUCGGUUUUCUGCACAGAGAUAUAAAACCUAGUAACUUCAGCAUUGGGCGGCACCCGUCGAACUGCCGGCGCGUGUACAUGCUGGACUUCGGGCUGGCGCGCCAGUACACCACCAGCAACGGACAGGUGCGUCCGCCGCGCGCCGCCGCCGGCUUCCGUGGCACGGUGCGGUAUGCGUCCAUUAACGCGCACAAGAACAAGGAGAUGGGGCGCCACGACGAUCUAUGGUCGCUGUUCUACAUGCUGGUGGAGUUCGUCAACGGACAGCUGCCCUGGCGCAAGAUAAAAGACAAGGAGCAGGUGGGACUGAUGAAGGAGAAGUACGACCACCGGCUGCUGCUGAAGCACCUGCCAUCGGAGCUGCGGCAGUUCCUGGAGCACGUGCAGCAGCUGGAGUACGCGGAUGCGCCCGACUACUGCAUGCUGCAGGCGCUGCUCGAGCGCUGCUGCAAGCGCCGCGGCAUCCGCGACUCCGACCCCUACGACUGGGAGAAGGAGGCGGUGGCUGCGGGGGCCCGCGCGCGCGCUGCCUUGGCGCCGCCCGAGCCCGUCGACCCCGACGCGCCACCUGCCGCGGCGCCGACCCCCGCGCCCGCGCCCUCCGUCACCACGCAUGACCGGACGCGGCGCCGCCUGGAGACGGAGGCGACGAACGCGCUGGCCACGGACACGCAGAGCAACAUGCUGCGCGAGCGAGACAAGCGCGCGCCCGCCUCGCCGCGCCACGCGCCGCUCCACGCGCCCGCCCCUGCGCCUCCGCUCGCGCCCGCCGCGCACCUAAACGGAUACUCCACUACGGAUAAGCCGACCCCAGAAAAGGAAGCAGAAACGAGAACUACGCCUGCCCCAUCUCCCGACCGACACGCUAACAAGGAGGUACAAGAGAGCAGCGCGGCCGGUGGCAGUGGCAGUGCCGGCGCGCGUGACCGCCAGAGCGUACCGCCGGCGCGCGCGCGCCCGCCCUCCGCGGGUGUUGGUGGUAUGGGCGGGGCGACGCUGGCGCGGCUGCGCGUGGUGACGGCGCCGCCCACCUGCGUGCAAGAGCUGGCGCAUGCGCACCACCACCCCCACCACUCGCCCUCGCUGCAAGGAGAAGCGACCAGUCCUCGCAUUAUAGCUGACGUGGACAGCGUACAUUCGGACACGCACUUCAAGAGAGGCGGGCGCAGAGCAGCGCGGGCCCGAGCGGACCAGAGCUUCACGCAGUUCGCAGUCAUGGACGAUGAAAACGUCUCCGCGUUACAACAGGUGACAAAGGGUGGCGCUCUCACGCUGGUCUCCCUGUGGAAGUCACAAUUCGACGACUCGGAGGAGACAACGGACAACGAGUGGAAACAAGAGCAGUUGCAGUCUCCGGAGCACCGCGGCGGCGCAGCGCGCGGCGCCAGCGCGGUAUCCAGCUGCUCGCACGCCGCGCGCACGCAGCUGCCCGCCACGCACACGCAGCACACGCAGCCCACGCUGCCCACGCAGACCACGCCGCCCACGCAACAAGUGCAGCCCACACAGCAAACACCGGCUCCACCAUUAUCGCCCUCCAAGCUAGCGGACCUAGUAAACGAGGUAGAAAUAGUAGACAAGGCAGAGAAAAUGGAAGUAACAGAAAAGCCAAAAAGUGAGGGAGCGAAAGUCCGCUGUUGCCUGCACAGCGCCGGCAUCGACGCUUUCCCACGCCUGAAGCCCACGCUGCCCAGGAGCUGGACGCUGCCGGCUAUCGGAUCUCGCGUGCGAGCGCUGCGUCCUCCGCUGCUGCAGCAAGCGUCGUUCGAUGGUGGUGCUGCGGGGACGCUGCGGUACCGCCUGGACGUGAUGCGAGGAGUGGCAGCCAGGAGUGACGGGCCUUCGCCCGAACCCUCGCCCCCCAGGGCCUCCAGUCUGCCGGACGUGUCGCGCUCGGGCAGCGCGGAGGCGUCGCGCGGCUCGCCGGCGCGGCGUGCUGGUGUAUCGACGGGUGGGGCGGGGAGCGGGGUGGGCGGCGGCGCGGAGAGCGGGGCGGGUGGCGGCGCGGCCGAGCGCACGGUGUCGAGCCGGCUGGAGAUCCGGGUGCGCGCGCACACCCCGCCGCAAGGCUCGCCCGCGCGCUCCACCGCGCAAGUAAGAAUACACUCGGUGGUGAGCGGCGGGGAGCCCAUCCGGUUGAACCACGAGGAGGCUUCGGUAUACUACGACGCCACCGAACACCGAGACAAAAGAUCUUCAACGCGCAGUGUAGAAAAAAGCCAAAGUCCUGCAGUUGAGAGAACGCGUCUUGAUGCAAUACAAGACAGAAGCAGUUCGGUGACGCGGCGGGAGGGAAGCGGGGAUGCUUCGCACAGCCUCAGAGACCGUUCGUCGUCGCGCAUCCCUGUGGCGACGUGCGGUACAGUCGGCGGCACAGUGAGCGGUACAGUCGGCGGCACAGUCACGGCGGCCGGCCGGCUGGCCAAGUGCGCGUCGUGGAGCGGGGACGCGCCGCUCUCCUCCGACCCCAACGACCUCACGCCCGCGCUGCGGCGGCGGCGGCAGAACGCGCAGGAGAAGUACGCGGCCGACCCGCAGCGCGACCUCAACCUGCGCUUCGCGCGACCGCGACACCGCCAGCAGCCACAGCACCACCAGCAGCCGCAGACACACGCCAGUAGGAGCAGCGCUCGUGGCGUGCCGGCGCUGAUGCUGGCUUCUCCCCCGGGGUCCGGUGCGUCCGGCGCGUCCGGCUCAUCGUCGUCCGGCUCGCCGCCACCCGCGCCGCCGCCCGCCCCGCCCGCCUCCGCGCCGCACAACGCCGCGCGCGCGAGGCGCUUCCGCCCGCUCUCCAUCGCGCCAUAG